AUGGUAUCACCGCCUUCCUCGGCCAACGGACCGGAACCGUUCGAUUUCUCCAAACCGUUUGAGGGUGUGGUCGUGUGCUGCACCAGCAUUCCCCCCGAACACAGAGCAAACCGCGUCAAGGAACUCGGCGGUGUGCACAAGUAUGAUUUGACACCCGACGUAACGCACUUGAUUGUGGGCGACUACGACACCGCAAAGUACCGCCAUGUCGCCCGCGAACGACCCGACAUCAAGGCCAUGGCCGCCAGCUGGAUCAGCGCCGUUCGAAGCUAUUGGGUAAAGGAUCAGGAGUUCGACUAUAACGCCCUUGAAGCUGAACACCAGCUCAAGCCAUUUGAGAGCAGCGGCGGCCUAGCUAUGAGCAAUGUGCCCGAGGAACAAGAGCGACAAAAGCUCCUAAUAUGCCUGACGGGCUUCGAGGAACAGGACCGUCACUACAUUGAAGAAACGGUUACGGCAAAUGGUGGUAAUUACAUGGGCGACCUCUCUAGAAAAGUCACACACCUGAUCGUUUGCAAACCUGAGGGCAAAAAAUAUCAGGCCGCCAAAAACUGGAAUAUCACCACGGUAUCCAUUGAAUGGUUGGAUGACAGCGUCAAGCGCGGCUUGAUCCUCGACGAGACCUGCUAUGAUCCAACCCUGCCAAAGGAAAGUCGUGGAAAAGGUGCCAUUACGCGCAGAGAAAUGAAGAGACACUCAUUACCAGGAAAGCGUCCUCGCGACGGUUCCGACGCUGUUCAGCAAAACGGACCAAGAAAGUUGAGAAAGAGUGCAAGCAUGCGAUUAAGUAGCCAGGGAAACAAUCUCAUGAACGAGAUACUUGGUGCAAGGCAAUUUUCAGCAGAGGCGUCCACACCAGGGCUGCCGCAGGAGUUCGAAAGUGUAGAGGUGCGGACGUCCGUGUCUAUACCGGCGCCAAAGUCGCUGCCGGUAGCCAGAGCGUCGCCGUCUCUGCCGCCACCAUCGGCCGAGCCCACCCAACCGUUUGGCGGUGUCUUCAAUCUAUGUCGUUUCAUGGUUCAUGGCUUCUCCGAAAAGAAACACAAGAUAAUACACGAUUACCUGACUUCGCAUGAUGGCCAGAUUGCUUCUUCAAUGUCAGACCUCGCCUCUGGCGCUCAUCUGGAGCCACAAGAUCAACGAUUUUUGGUGGUCCCUCAAGUGUCACAACCAGACUCACACCCAAUCAUCCCGGAAGGCGUUCACAUCGUCACCGAAUUCUACAUAGAGAGGUGUAUUCAUGGGAGACGGCUCUUUCACCCGAAUGACCAUGUCUUGGGAAGGCCCUUUCCCCGCUUCCCGGUUCCCGGGUUCGAUGAGCUCACAGUUCAUAGUACAGGGUUCAAGGACGAGCAGCUCAAUCAAGUUGAGAAGACCAUUGUGCAGCUAGGCGCAAAAUACGCAGAGCGUUUCAACGCCCAAAGUUCAGUCAUGGUUUGCCCAAGUCUGAAAGACGUGCGUACCGGCAAGCUGGACCUUGCGCUACGACACAAAAUCCCUGUUGUGAAUGCCGAAUGGCUGUGGCAAUGUAUAGCUUCAGGGUUUCGGGUGCCUUGGGACAAGUUCGUCUUUGCCGAAGUGCAACACAAGAUUGCCAUCGAUGUGGACCCGGAACUAGACAAGCAGCGACAGAAAUUACAACGGUCCCGUUCUGAACCGGUCGCAAAGAAGGAAGCAAAGUCAGAUCUCCGUGCCCCUGCAGCCAAACGUGUUCCAGAUACAACGGCAUUUUCCGAGGAGGCUGUGGCAGGUGAUUCCGUGUCAAAAGAGCACCGAGCAAAGGUGGCACCGGCUAUUGUACAACAAGACGACUCCGCCGUUGAUGUGUCCAACUAUGAUACGGCACCGACACACCAAGCACAUGACAGUGUAGAAACUGGACCGCUAUCCGAGGUGGGCGGGAAUGCUCUCAAUGAAUCACUACAGGUAUCACCUUCGAAAAACGAGGCCCGUAAGACUCUUCGCCGCUUCCCUACAGGAGGUACGAUCGUUGAUUCUGAAGGUCUUGAUGAGUCUGACGCCGUCAGUAUCCGUGAUGGGAGUGCUGCGCCAGAGAAGGACACAAAGGGGCCUAGUCCUUCGCAAUUAGAACGAGCAAACAAGCAGAGAGCAGAAGAUGAGAAGGCUGCCGAACGGCUUGCCAUGGCGAAACAAUUCACCAGCCUCAUGGAUAAGCCGCUUGCAGACGAGGCAAGCAAUGUUCCGGCAGCUCUGACAUCUGCCACGAAACCCCAACGUCGGAAGCGAGAAAUUUUCGGGCGCGCCAUAUCCAACGUCUCGGCAGCAUCAUCCGCCAGUGCUGAAUCUGCCACCACAGCCAGCAAGGCGCUACGAAUUGACAGUGUUAAGAGUGCUCCUGGCUCCAUCGACUUGCUCGACGAAAUGCUUAGUGGAGAUCAAGCGCAGAGCGACAAGGAUGAAGAGUCCAACAGACCCCCUGCUACACAGAUUGGCUAUGAUGACCCUCAGGCUCGAAAGCAUCGAGCUGAAAUGAUGGAUAGGAUACAAGGAAAGAAACCUGUGGCUGCCAACCAGCCAAAGCCUAGUCAGGACAAGCCUAAGAAGGUGCCGCUGGCAGAGGCCGCAGCUGUCACUACUUCUGGGCGACGAACCAGAAGAAAGGGGUUUUGA